AUGGUGGUUGUGAUGGUGACUGUGAUGGUGGUUGCUGCAGCUGCAGUUGUUGUGACUGUUGUUGCUGCAGAUUUUGUUGAUUUUGUUGAUUCUGCUGAUUCUGUUGUUGAUGCUGUUGAUGAUGCUGUUGAUAAUGCUGUUGGUGAUGUUGUUGAUGCUGCUGUUGAUGAUGCUGUUGGUGGUGCUGUUGGUGGUGCUGUUGAUGCUGCUGUUGAUGCUGCUGUUGUUGAAGUUGAAGUUGAUACACGUUUGGUGGUCUGUAUAAUAACCCAUGCGGCGAUUGUGGUUGAACCUGUUGGGUUGAUUGUGGUUGGGCCAAUGGCUGUGAACAUAAUGGAAUUUGAGAAUGAGGAAUAUUUACUAGCGCAUUAUGAUGAUCAUAAUACAUUUGUCCAUGAUGAUACUGAGGCUGAGUGA